UUGCAUCAUUUUUCAGUUUUUACAAAUCACACAAUUAGCAACUUCACAGAAUGUGUCCGGGACAAGAAACAAACGUGCAAUGCCAGUGCCAAAGAGCCAUGAAAGAUGGUAGUAGCCACAAUAAUGAGGACUAUAGUCAUACAAAGUUUAACAACUAUGCUUGUGCUUGUGUGGUAGCUGCCUCUAUUAUCUCUGCUAUAUUUGGCUAUUGUCUGGAUGGAAUAUAUUAGUGUGACUUAUUGUGCGUGUUAUUUAUUUUUUGUGGGUGAUAGUCACACUCCAUCUUAUGGUGAUGAGGUGAUGAGUCCAACUACAGGAGUGAUGGCAGGAGCAUUGUUAUACAUAAAGGAAGAACUAGAAAUCAGUGAUCUACAGGUUCAAUUGCUAGCAGGAAUCUUGAAUGCAUGUGCAUUACCAGGAUCCUUGCUGGCAGGAAGAAUCUCUGAUAUCAUAGGACGGAGAAACACCAUCAUCCUCUCUUCCAUCAUCUUCUUGUUGGGGUCCAUUCUGAUGGGGUACGGUCCAAACUACUCAGCAUUGAUGGCUGGAAGAUGCACGGCGGGUAUUGGUGCGGGUUUUGCCCUCAUGAUUGCACCAGUUUACAGCGCUGAGAUCUCUUCUCCUUCCUACAGAGGCUUCCUAACCGCUCUCCCUGACGUGUCCAUCAACUUGGGUCUCUUAUUUGGCUACGUCUCUAACUACUUCUUCGGUCGCUUGCCCCUUCGAAUUGGCUGGAGAACCAUGCUUUUUGUUCCUGCAUUCCCUUCUCUGGCUCUGGCCAUUCUCAUGCUCAAGCUUGUUGAGUCGCCAAGGUGGCUGGUGAUGCAAGGGCGUAUUGGUGAUGCGAGGGAGGUUCUGAUGCGCGUGUCAAACACGAAGCAAGAAGCAGAGCAACGGUUGCAAGAGAUAAAAACCGCCGCAGGCAUCGAUCCAAGAAGCACACAAGACAUUGUCCAAGUGCCAAAGAGGAGUCGAAGUGGCGGAGGAGCGCUCCGAGAGCUUCUAUGCAACCCGUCGCCGCCUGUUCGGCGAAUCCUAAUCGCAGCCACCGGCGUCCAUUUGUUCCAGCAAAUCAUAGGGAUAGAGGCCAUUUUCAUGUACACUCCAAGAAUCUUUGAGAGAACAGGAAUCACUGAUAAGAGCGUGUUGUUACUAGCAACUGUUGGAAUGGGAAUCAGCGAUGCCGUUUUCGUGUUGAUAUCAACAUUCUUGUUGGACAGAGUUGGAAGAAGGAUCUUGUUGCUGGUUAGUUCUGGUGGUGUUGCUGUGUCUCUUCUAGGCUUAGGUGCAUGCAUGAGAAUAGUGGAGCAUUCAGAUGACAAGGUUUCUUGGGCAAUAAGUUUCACCAUUGUAUUCACUUACAUCUAUGUGGCUUUCACUGCAAUAGGCCUUGGACCUGUUACAUGGGUGUAUAGCUCAGAGAUUUUUCCACUCAGGUUGAGAGCACAGGGUCUUGGUGUGGGUGUCACUGUCAACAGGUUCACAAAUGUUGUGGUGGUUACAAGUUUCAUUUCAAUUUAUCAGAAGAUUACAAUGGCUGGGAUUUUCUUUAUGUAUACUGCUAUCACAGCUUUGGCUUGGUGCUUCUAUUAUUCCUUCUUGCCUGAAACCAAAGGUAGGUCUUUAGAGGACAUGGAGAGUAUAUUUGGGAAAACUAAUGACAUCAAUAAUAAUAAGCAAGUGAAGCAUGUCAUCAAUGGCUACAACAAUGCAUAGUAGUUUAGCUUUUAUUUCUUAGUAUUAUCAUUAUUAUUGUUACUAUAGAUUUCUUCUUCUCCUCCAAUUGAGAUAAUAGUAGUAUUGAGUAUUGACAUCUCUCUGCUCCAUGAGUUUUGACAUACAUUAGCCAUUUCUUGAUGAGUUUUCCCUAUGUAAUAAUAUGGAUGGCUUCAAUACUUCUUUCAUCUAUGUCUCUCUCUUAUGUUAUUGUAUUUCUAUUAAUUCAAUGCAUCAAUUUUAGUUCAA